AUGCGGUCUGCGAAAGUAGCUGUAUUGACGGCCGUGGUCGGCUCUGCAGCUUCCGCAGUGGCCACCCCAGUAAAUGUGACCAAGUUCAAUGGGCCUCCUUCAUCCCCGUCGACGUUGAUUCCGAUAAAAUACACCUUCUCCAAUUGUCCCGGCAAUCUCCCGGAGGGGUGUGGCGUGCAGAUCAACGUGGUCUCCAAGGGCAACUCCAGCGAUCUGGAUUGGCUCAUCUUGCCGUAUAACUGGUAUGGCCGUCUUCUAUACUUAUUGGUGCUGUACCAUAGCUCGGCUGCAGUUGCCAGUAGCAUCAGCUGGGUGGACAUGGGCAUCGUCACGCACUACGGGUUCGUGACUCUGUCGAGUAAUCUGGGUCAUAUAGGUAUCGACACUGCGGGAACCUGGGCAAGUGGCCAACCGGAGGCGGUGGUAGACCUGGCUACCGGGUCGCCAAACAAAAUAUUAUCCUUGGGAUAA